UCUUUUUCACUCUUGCUUGCACGUGGUUGAUGAAAUACCACCUCGGGUCCCACUCCCAAUUACUGCCACGUCACUUCACUUCCACGUCUCCAAUAUAAAUACCUAUUUUUAUGUCUUUCUUCUUUUUCGCGCCAAUUUUUUUUCGCUCGCAGACUUUUCUUCCCCCUCCUCCCUGAAACCCUAGUUUCGCAGAGACUUGACUGAAAUAUAUCAAAAAUCGCAAAAUUCUGGCCAGGAAAUAGAAGACAAGGCCACGAUGAAACGGUCUUCAACUGCUAGCGAACCUCCAUUGACUUCGAAACGCGCCAAAAUUAUUAGGGGGGAAGAUGAUUAUAUGCCUGGAAACAUAAUUGAGAUGGAGCUUCGCAACUUUAUGACCUAUGAUUACUUGUUAUGCAAACCGGGAUCACGCUUGAACCUCGUAAUUGGACCCAAUGGGUCGGGUAAGAGCUCCAUUGUGUGUGCCAUUGCAUUGGGUCUUGGCGGUGAACCACAGUUGCUUGGCAGGGCGACAAGUAUUGGAGCAUAUGUAAAACGUGGAGAGGAGGCUGGGUAUAUUAAUAUAUCCUUGAGAGGAAAAACAGAAGAUGAUCGAAUCACUAUCAUGCGCAAAAUUGAUAAAAAUAACAAGUCAGAAUGGUUAUACAAUGGAAAAGUAGUACCUAAGAAAGAGAUAGCUGAAAUAACUCAAAGGUUCAACAUCCAGAUCAACAAUUUGACUCAAUUCUUACCACAAGAUAGAGUAUGUGAAUUUGCAAAGUUAACUCCUGUGCAACUUCUGGAAGAAACUGAAAAGGCUGUUGGUGAUCCUCAACUUCCAAUUCAACACCGGGCACUUGUUGAGAAAAGCCAUGAACUAAAAAAUAUUGAAGUGGCUGUUGAGAGGAAUGGAGAAACUCUGGAUCAGCUGAAAGCCCUUAAUGCUGAACUUGAAAAGGAUGUAGAGCGUGUUCGCCAAAGAGAAGAGCUUCUGGCAAAGGUUGAGUCCAUGAAAAAGAAGUUGCCAUGGCUGAAGUAUGAUAUGAAAAAGGCUGAAUAUAUGGAAGCUAAAAAGCAGGAAAAUGAUGCCAAGAAGAAGUUGGAUGAAGUUGUGAAGACUUUGAAAGAUGUACAAGAACCCAUUGAAAAACAAAAGCAGGAAAAAUCCUUGUUGGAUUCUAAAUGUAAAAAAGCUGUCAGUCUCAUAAGGAAUAAUGCUAAGCAGCGAAUGGAACUUCAGGAGAAGAACAACAGUUUGGGGGUGCAACUACAAGGAAAAUACAGUGAAAUGGAAGACUUGAGAAGUCAAGAAGAAUCCCGUCAACAAAGAAUUAUAAAAGCUAAAGAGGAUCUUGCUGCUGCUGAAAUAGAACUUGAAACCCUGCCUAUUUAUGAACCUCCAAAGGAUGUACUUGACAACCUAUCUGCUCAAAUAUUGGACCUUCACCUUUCCGCAAAUGAAAAGAGGACCCAGAAGUCAGAGACAGAGAAACUUCUAAAUCAAAAGAAAAUGGCACUGAGACAAUGCAUAGAUAAGUUAAAGGAUAUGGAGAAUAAGAAAAAUAAACUUUUACAGGCAUUGAGAAAUUCCGGGGCUGAAAAGAUAUUUGAUGCUUAUCAGUGGUUGCAACAACAUCUACAUGAGUUGAAGAGUGAGGUCUAUGGUCCUGUGCUGCUUGAGGUUAAUGUACCGGAUCGGGUGCAUGCUGACUACUUAGAAGGCCAUGUUGCAUAUUACAUAUGGAAGUCUUUCAUAACCCAGGAUCCCAGUGAUCGAGAUUUUUUGGUCAAAAACCUGAAGUCAUUUGAUGUUCCAAUUUUAAACUAUGUGAGGGAUGAACACCGUCCUAAGGAGCCCUUUCAUAUUUCCAAGGAGAUGCAUGAGCUUGGCAUUCACAGUCGUCUUGACCAAGUUUUUGAUGCUCCUGAAGCUGUCAAGGAGGUCUUGAUCAGCCAGUUUAGUCUGGACAGAUCAUAUGUUGGGUCAAAGGAAACUGAUCAGAAGGCUGAUGACGCACCAAAGUUAGACAUUUCUGAUUUAUGGACUCCAGAAAGUCACUAUCGAUGGUCUGUUUCUAGAUAUGGUGGUCAUGUAUCUGCUAUUGUUGAACCAGUUGGUCAUUCACGUCUUCUGCUGUGUAAUUCAGAUACUGGAGAAAUUGAAAAGCUGAAGUGCAGGAAAGCGGAGCUAGAAGAAUCUGUUACUACGUUAGAGGAAAGUUUUAAGUUGAUACAGAUGGAGCAAAGACACUUAGAGAAUGAAGAAGCUGAACUUCAAAAACAACGGGAGGAGAUUCACAGAACUGCACAAAAUGAAAAGAGAAAACAGAAUGAAAUGAAGAAUCGUGUCAAUCAAAGGAGAAGGAAACUUGAGUCAUUGGAAAAGGAGGAUGACGUGGGUGCUAGCAUAGCAAGGCUUAUUGAUCAAGCUGCAAAUAUUAAGAUUCAGUGGCUACAAUGUGCAAUUGCUAUUAAGAAUUUACUUGUUGAGGCUGUUAGUCAUAAAUGGAGUCUUGCUGAAAAACACAUGGGCUCCAUUGAAUUCGAUGCCAAGAUUAGAGAACUAGAAAUCAAUCUGAAGCAGCAUGAAAAGUUUGCUCAACAAGUGUCUCUUCAUGUUGAGAAUUGCAAGAAAGAGGUAGAGGAACAUCGACAGCGACUCUCAGUUGCCAAGAGACAUGCGGAAUCAAUUUCUGUUAUCACUCCGGAACUUGAAAAGGCAUUUCUUGAGAUGCCUACAACAAUUGAGGAAUUGGAAGCUGCUAUUCAAGACAACGUAUCUCAAGCCAAUUCCAUUCUUUUCCUCAACCAUAAUGUAAUGGAAGAAUAUGAACACCGUCAGAAGAAGAUUGACUCUAUUGCCAAAAAGUUGGAAGCAGAUAAAGAUGAAGUAAAAAAGUGUUUAACUGAAAUAGACGCCUUGAAGGAAAGUUGGCUUCCAACAUUAAGAAACCUUGUUGCAAGGAUAAAUGAGACCUUCAGUCGCAACUUCCAGGAGAUGGCUGUUGCGGGAGAAGUUUCAUUGGAUGAGCAUGAGAAGGAGUUCGAUCAGUUUGGAAUACUUAUAAAAGUGAAGUUCAGGCAAGCAGGACAGCUUCAAGUACUAAGUGCUCAUCAUCAAUCUGGAGGGGAGCGUUCUGUUUCAACUAUUCUUUAUCUUGUUUCUCUUCAAGACCUCACAAACUGCCCAUUUAGGGUAGUUGAUGAGAUUAAUCAAGGAAUGGACCCUAUAAAUGAAAGAAAGAUGUUUCAGCAAUUAGUGAGAGCUGCCAGUCAGCCUAAUACUCCACAGUGUUUCCUACUCACACCCAAGUUGCUGCCUGAUUUGGAAUACAGUGAAGCAUGUAGCAUUUUGAAUAUAAUGAAUGGGCCUUGGAUUGAUCAACCUGCUAAAGUGUGGAGUAGUGGAGAAUGUUGGAGAGCUGUUGCCGGGCUGGUGGGCGGAAGCAGGCCUCCAAAUAACAAUUGCUAGUGAAGAUACCAUGAUGGGAUCCUUGAUUGAAAACAAUCCAGGGCCCUGUCAUCAGGAGAUUGAAACCAAGCUGUGGUCUUUCUCACAUCAGCUGGUUUUGUGAAAAGCAUGUAAAUUUUGCUGUACCUUUUUUUGUCAAUCCUUUUUGUUCCUAUGUAUAGAUGAUCCCUGAAAAUGUAGUUAUGUAUUCUUUUUGCUGAGGCUCACUUCUCCAGGAACCAACAUUAAAAGAUAACUUAGGUUUAUUAACUUGUGUAAAUGUAGUAUAUUUAAUUCUCAUAUUUAUUUGCAAAUGAAAUGAAAUCUCUUUCUAGCAGAA